AAGAGAAACAUUGAAGGGAAACAUCGCACUUUUCAGCUCAGUAGUCGGCAAGUUACUUUCAGUCCAGUUAGAGUUUCCGUUUGUCAGUUUCCAGGAUGUUUUCAUUCGGGGAGAAGAUGGAGUUUUUCAUUGCAAACCCCUUUUCAACGCCCGUCGGUCAGAGAAUCGAGCGAGCGACCAGCGGCUCUCUGCAGUCGGAGGACUGGGGACUCAACAUGGAGAUCUGUGACAUCAUCAACGAAACAGACGAGGGGCCCAGAGAUGCAGUCAAAGCUAUAAAGAAGAGAAUUAUUGGAAACAAGAACUUCAGAGAGAUCAUGUUAGGCCUCACUGUUCUUGAGGCCUGUGUGAAGAACUGUGGCCAUCGUUUCCACCUUCUUGUGGCAUCGCAGGAUUUUAUUGAAGGAGUUUUGGUUCGUUCCAUUCUGCCCAAAUAUAAUCCUCCCACUGCCCUCCAUGACAGGGUGCUCAGCCUCAUCCAGUCGUGGGCCGAUGCGUUCCGUAGCUCUCCCUCCCUGUCGGGGGUGGUGUACGUAUAUGACGACCUGAGGAGACGCGGUCUGGAGUUCCCCAUGACGGAUCUGGAUGCCCUGUCCCCCAUCCACACUCCCAAUAGGAGUAUCCCAGAGAACGGGACUCCUGAAGCGACUCCUGCUGCUCCACCGACCACUGAGUCACAGCCACAAGCUCCUCCCACUGCUCCCACUCACAGUACUUCACCAGCCGUUCAGACCGGAGAGGAACCAGCCUCCCUCUCUGCACAACAGGAACAGAAGUUGAGGACUGAGCUGUCACUGGUGAAGGGAAAUCUCACUGUGAUGUCAGAAAUGCUGAAUGAACUAACACCUGGACAGUGUAAACAAGAUGACACAGAGCUGCUACAGCAGCUGUACUCAGUGUGUAAAAAGAUGCAGAGUCGAGUGGUGGAGCUCAUCCCCCAGCUGAUGGAUGAAGGAUUUAUUGAAGAGCUGCUCGUGGUCAACGAUGACCUCAACAACGCCUUCAUCCGAUAUGAGAGGUUCGACAGACUGAACAAGGCACAAAUUCCGAAUACUCAUCAGAGCUCUGCCACAAGCCCGAGCCUCAUCGACCUCAGCGCCGAGCCUUCAGCUGUCAGCCAACCUGCUGUCAUCACAACAACCAGCGAACCAGCAGUCAGCACCCAGACCAGUCAGCAGCAACCAGCCAAGCACAAAGAGGAGGAGGAGUUCGACAUGUUUGCCCAGACGAGAGGCAGCUCUCUGGCUGAGCAGAGGAAAAGUGUCAGGUAUGAGGACCCGGGAGCGGUGGAGGGCCUCGCUGGAGCUCUGGAUACCAGGUUGCAGGUCACAGGAGGGAUGCCACCAGCGAAAAACUCUCUGCAGAACAAUGUUGACAAGUGGUUGUCUUGUGAUAUGGAGGAAGUCCAGUCUUCAGUUAGUGAGGGAGUGACCAGUGAAGACUUUGAUAAGUUUCUGGAGGAUCGGGCGAUGGCGUCACACAGCAGCGGCCAGACGAUUCGAAACGUGCCCUCCACAUCCAGACCGCCGCCACAAUCUACCCGGCAACAGGACAAAUCACAUGACCAGCUUUUUUCACUCUGAGUUUAAGGAGCAAAAUGGAGAAACGGGUGGAUAUGAAGGUCCACUGACACACGCCAUCAUAUUUAAAUGUACCCACAAUCAGACACACAGCUGUGUUAAGUCAGGUAUUCUCUUCCAGCACACACACAAUAAAACCUGCUGCCACUACAGACCUGCUGCCUAAUCAACUCAUUGCAUUAAUGCAAUAUUUCUUCGUUAAUUCCUGCUGUUUGUUUUCUUUAUGUAAGUAUAAACAACUUUAUAUGACUGUAUUUAUGAAAUCUUUUAUUAUAAUGUUCAUGGAAACAGAAACAUCAAUUAGAGUGUUUACAGUUAAAUAUAAUGUUGGAAAUAUAUUUGAUAUUACGCCAUUAUGUGCCUUUGACCCAGACAUGAUGAUGAUUUUGUCUAGAUGAGAAUAAAUGGGUUUAUUGUUCUGCAAA